GAUAUAUUUAUGUUUAUAACAAGGCAGCUGAAGGGACUAGAAGAUACAAAGAGCCCACAGUUCAAUAGGUAUUUUUAUUUACUUGAGAACAUUGCGUGGGUCAAGUCAUAUAACAUAUGCUUCGAGUUAGAAGAUAGCAAUGAAAUUUUUACCCAACUAUACAGAACCUUAUUUUCAGUUAUAAACAAUGGCCACAAUCAGAAAGUUCAUAUGCACAUGGUAGACCUCAUGAGCUCUAUUAUUUGUGAAGGUGAUACAGUAUCUCAGGAGCUUUUGGAUACAGUUUUAGUGAAUCUGGUACCUGCUCAUAAGUUUUUUAAUCAGGUUCUGAUGCUUGGGAAAACAUCUAUCAGCGAUUUGUCAGAGCAUGUCUUUGACCUAAUUUUGGAACUGUACAAUAUUGAUAGUCAUUUGCUGCUGUCUGUUUUACCCCAGCUUGAGUUUAAAUUAAAGAGUAAUGAUAAUGAGGAACGACUCCAAGUUGUGAAGCUGCUGGCAAAAAUGUUUGGGGCAAAGGAUUCAGAAUUGGCUUCUCAAAACAAACCACUUUGGCAGUGCUACUUGGGAAGGUUUAAUGACAUCCAUGUACCAAUCCGCCUGGAAUGUGUGAAAUUUGCUAGCCAUUGUCUCAUGAACCAUCCUGAUUUAGCAAAGGAUUUAACAGAGCAUUAAAUGAAAUGUGGAAAUGUCAAAAUCUGCUUCGACAUCAAGUAAAGGAUUUGCUUGACUUAAUUAAGCAACCCAAAACAGAUGCCAGUGUCAAGGCCAUAUUUUCAAAAGUGAUGGUUAUUACAAGAAAUUUGCCAGAUCCUGGUAAAGCUCAGGAUUUUAUGAAGAAAUUCACACAAGUAUUAGAAGAUGAUGAGAAAAUAAGGAAACAGCUAGAAGUACUUGUUAGUCCAACAUGCUCCUGCAAACAGGCUGAAGGUUGUGUGCGUGAAAUAACUAAGAAGUUGGGCAACCCUAAACAACCUACAAAUCCUUUCCUGGAAAUGAUCAAGUUUCUCUUGGAAAGGAUAGCACCUGUGCACAUCGAUACUGAGUCUAUCAGGUAUUUGUACAUACAAAUAUUAAACUUUCAUUACUGUUCACUCAUUCAUGCAUUGAGGAGGUCAGUCACUUUUGAGUACCUACAGUCUACAAGUCACCAAAUGAGCUGCUCAUCUGUGCAUCAUAUAUACUCAUCUGCAUUCUUAGUAGGUUUUGGGGACUUUUUUUUCCUUCUCACAAAGUAUCUAGUAGAAGUCAUACUAGUUUUUCUGGCUUACAGUUUUCCUUUUAUUUUCCUUUUUAGAGCCUUGCUUCCUGUUUUACAUCACAAAUCUAAAAAAGGACCCCCCCGUCAAGCCAAAUAUGCCAUUCAUUGUAUCCAUGCAAUAUUUUCCAGUAAAGAGACCCAGUUUGCACAGAUAUUUGAGCCUCUUCAUAAGAGCCUUGAUCCAAGCAACCUGGAACAUCUUAUAACACCAUUGGUUACUAUUGGUCAUAUUGCUCUCCUUGCACCUGAUCAGUUUGCUGCUCCUUUGAAAUCUUUGGUGGCUACUUUCAUUGUGAAAGAUCUUCUCAUGAAUGAUCGGGCUUGAUAGUUCUGAAAUGGAUCACAGUGAAAAUGAAGAUUACACAAUGUCUUCACCUUUACCAGGAAAAAAAAGUGACAAGAGAGACGACUCUGAUCUUGUAAGGUCUGAAUUGGAGAAGCCUAGAAGCCGAAAAAAAACACCUGUUACAGAUCCAGAGGAGAAAUUAGGUAUGGAUGACUUGACUAAAUUGGUACAGGAACAGAAACCUAAAGGCAGUCAGCGAGGUCGGAAAAGAGGCCAUACAGCUUCAGAAUCAGAUGAGCAGCAGUGGCCUGAGGAAAAGAGACUCAAAGAAGAUCUGUUAGAAAACGAGGAUGAGCAGAACAGUCCACCAAAAAAGGGCAAAAGAGGCCGGCCACCAAAACCUCUUGGUGGAGGGACACCAAAAGAAGAGCCAACAAUGAAAACAUCUAAAAAAGGGAACAAAAAAAAAUCUGGACCUUCUGCAGUAGAAGAAGAGGAAGAUGAAGAAAGACAAAGUGGAAAUACAGAACAGAAGUCAAAAAGCAAACAGCACCGAGUAUCAAGAAGAGCACAACAGAGAGCAGAAUCUCCUGAAACUAGUGCAGUUGAAUCCACACAAUCCACACCACAGAAAGGACGAGGAAGACCAUCAAAAACGCCAUCACCAUCACAACCAAAAAAAAAUGUCCGUGUAGGACGCUCCAAACAAGCAGCUACUAAAGAAAAUGAUUCAAGUGAAGAAUUAGACGUGUUCCAAGGUAGCUCUCCUGUCAAUGAUGAUAUGCCACAGGAAGAAACAGAGGAAGAGGAAGUUUCUGCCGUAAAUGUACGACGGAGAAGUUCUAAAAGGGAAAGGCGGUGAACAGAGUAAUUAACUUUCUUUUUGAAAGCUUUGGAUUUUUUUUUUUUUUUUUGGUCAAGUGUGAGGCUGAAUAGAGCCUCUGAUGCACAAAAUGGGACUGCCGAAGUGUGGACAGUUGGACCUCGGACUUGUCACAUGAUUUAGCCAUACACAUGGUGAUAAGAUUGACUCUGGAGUCUUGUGAAAGUGUCAUGUGUGAUGGCUAUGUAGACACAUAAACUAAAGAAGAAACUUGUAAAUAAUCUUUUUUUCCCCUUCUUUUUCUUUUUAAUGUUUCUGACUUCUAAAGUGCUUGUAUAGCUUUUAUCUGCGGCUUUAAACUGACAGUACCCAACUGUUUAUUGGAUCUAUUGAUUUGAAGAGUUUGUUAGGAUAGAUCUUAAGCAGUACUCUGUCAGUGUUUGUAUUUGUAUUCUCUGCAAUUUUACUGUGAAAAAAAAUGUUUUUCAACAAUUGGUGUCAUUUUCUUGAUGUCACUGUUUGUUGGAGAGUUGAAUGGUCUCUCUUCCUUAUGUAUUUUACUUGGUGUUUACUCCUGGGCACCCUUAAUCUUCAGAGGUGCUAAAUUGUUUGCCAUCACAUAAGAAUGAUGCCUCUGAUGCGAGGACAUCAUGCAAAUUGUGAAAUAGUCCUGAAGUUGUUUGAUUACUUUACACCUCAGUAUUGGUCCCAGAAUUCUCUGGCCUUUCAUGGCAAUGAAAAUUUUAAGAAGAGAUUUAAAAUAUUUUAAUUUUAAAGAGUGUGUUAUAAAAUAAUGUACUGAAUUCUUUAUCCCAUUUUAUC